CACAGCUCUUCCUGAUUCAGCAUGUUAAGAAAUAAGGAUCAUUCAUCUAAAAAAGAUAACCUAGCAGUCACUGCAGUUGCCUUACAAGAUCACAUUUUACAUGAUCUUCAACUGGGACAUCUGUCAGUAGCAGAUUACUCUAAGACAAAAAUACAGAAGAAGGAGAAAAGAUCAAAGGCCCUCAAAAGAGAUGCAAAAGCAGUAGUAGAUACUGGGCUUAAGAAAUCCUCACAGAGCCCCAAAGUGGAAGAUCCAGAAAAAGAAUAUGUUCUUGAUCCCACACCACCACCCUUAACUUUAGCCCAGAAGCUGGGUCUCUUGGCGCCUCCCCCAUUACCACUGUCUUCAGAUGAAUGGGAGAAAGUGAAGCAGAGAUCCAUCUUGCACGGGGACUCCCUGCAGCCAUGUCCAAUAUGCAAAGAGGAAUUCGAGCUCCGGCCCCAGGUGCUGCUUUCCUGCUCACACGUAUUCCACAGGGCAUGCCUUCAGGCUUUUGAAAAGUUCACAAAUAAAAAAACCUGUCCUCUCUGUAGAAAGAACCAGUAUCAAACCAGAGUGAUACAUGAUGGGGCUCGCCUUUUCAGAGUAAAAUGUGCCACGAGAAUUCAAGCAUACUGGAGAGGCCACAUUGUUAGAAAAUGGUACAGAAACCUGAGGAAGACAGUGCCUCCCAAGGACGCCAAGCUGAGGAGAAAAUUCUUUGAAGAGAAGUUCACAGAAAUCAGUCACCGUAUCCUGUGCUCAUAUGACACCAACAUAGAGGAGCUCUUCUCAGAAAUCGAUCACUGCCUGGCCGUGAACCGCAGCAUUCUUCAGCAGCUGAACGAAAAAUGUGGCCAUGAGCUCACAGAUGAGGACUGGGAGAGGAUCCAAGUGCAGGCUGCCCGCCGGGAGAUCUACGAGUGCUCCAUCUGUCUGACCCCGCUCUCGCUGCACGGGGACUGCCGGCGAACAGCGGGGGGCACCAGCAGCCAGCGUCCCCGUGAGACAGUCCUCUUGUCCUGUGCACACCUGUUCCAUCACACCUGCCUCCUGGCCUUGGAAGAGUUCUCCUUGGGAGAUAGCUCUCCUUUCCAUGCCUGUCCUCUCUGCCGCUCCUGCUACCAAAAGAAAAUUCUUGAGUGCUGAAUUUAUGCUCUG